AUGGCCUUCCAGCUAUCCAGAAGGGAAGUGGAAGACUUAAGAUCGUCUAUCGAUCGCGCUAUUUACAGAACUAUCGGUAAAUCUGAUAGUUCUUUAUUAUCUACAGUCUCUUCUUGUUUGACUAAUGGAUAUGAUCGUCGAAAGAUCAUAGAUAAGAUAUCAUCUCACAUAGACUCAAAGAAGGCAAGUAAGCUAGCGGACAAAGCUAUAGCAUUGGCACAGGAGCUGGUUUCCUCAUCGAAAUCCCAGAAAAGGAAACAUGAUGAUAAGGACAAGGAGAAGGAAUCUAAAAGAUCACGCCAUGAUGACAGACAUGAGUCCCGUGAAGAGAAAAGAGAGAGGGACAGAGAUAGAGAUAGAGAGGAGAAAGAGAAGAAAGCUGAUAACGGAAUUGAAAUUCCUUCUGUGUUACCUGAAGGAGAGACUAUUGGCUCCAAAAUGACUGGAUUGAGUGCAGAUAAAAUAAAGCUAAUGAUGGCAAAUGCGCAAAAAGAAAUAGAAGAAAGGAAGAGGGCUCUCAUGGCCAUCAAGGGGGAGCCCCGCAAUGUGAACGCAGCAGCGGCCACAGCCCAGCAGAUAAAGGCAGCGCUACCGUCCAGUGCUAUACCACCACCGAGCGUCAUCAAACCAUUGCUAUAUUCAAAGCCUGCGGCACAACCCAUUACGGCUGAAGAGUUGGAAAAGCAAAGGAAGAUAGCCGAACUUCAAGCACGGAUACAAAGGAAGUUGGCUGGCGGCGCGCUGGCGGCGGCGGGCGCGGCGGGCCCCGCGCCGCUCAUCCUGGACCGCGAGGGCCGCACCGUGGACACGACGGGGAAACGUGUUCAGCUCACGCACGUAGCGCCUACUUUGAAGGCUAACAUAAGGGCGAAGCGGCGCGAGGAGUUCCGGCUGCAGCUGGCGGGGCCGGCGGAGGGCGCGGGCGCGGCGCCGUGGCAGGACGCGCGCGUGGCGCAGCGCCCGCCGGCGCGCGCGCGCCGCGCACUGCGCUUCCACGAGCCCGGACGCUUCACGCUCAUGGCCGAGCGGCUGCGCAUGAAGGCGCAACUAGAAAAGUUACAGAAUGAGAUAUCCCAAAUAGCUCGCAAGACUGGUAUCUCUUCUGCUACGAAGCUGGCUUUGUUGGCGGCGGACGCGCCCGACGCGGACCGCGUGCCUGAUAUAGAAUGGUGGGACAGCGUGAUCCUAAUGACGCCAGAAGAGCGUGAAGCAAAGCGUAAGAGAGGGAAGAGUGACAAACCAGAUGCACGCACCGACACGCAGCGUGUUGAAGCGUGCAACACCGGCGAGGACGACAUCGUGGACAAUGUUAAUGAAGACGCCAUCACCAACCUCGUGGAACAUCCUCAACAGUUGCGACCUCCCACCGAACCUCUCAAACCCACAUACAUGCCGGUCUUCUUAACCAAGAAGGAAAGGAAGAAGCUAAGAAGACAAAGCAGAAGAGAAGCGUGGAAAGAAGAGCAAGAGAAGGUUAGACUCGGCCUCGAAGCGCCGCCUGAACCUAAACUUAGAAUAUCUAACCUGAUGCGAGCUCUCGGCACGGAAGCUGUGCAGGACCCCACCGCCAUCGAGGCCAAGGUCCGGGAGCAGAUCGCCAAGAGGCAGAAGACCCACCAGGAGGCCAACCAGGCCAGGGCCCUCACUAAGGAGCAGAAGAGGGAGAAGGUUGAUCGAAAAAUUCGAGAAGACACCUCCAUGAGCGUGCACGUUGCUGUGUAUAGAGUGAGGGACCUGUUCGAGUGCGCGAGCGCCAAGUUCAAGGUGGAGGUGAACGCCGCGCAGCUGCACAUGUCGGGCGUCGUGGUGCUGCACCGCGGCUGCUGCGUCGUCGUGGCCGAGGGCGGGCCCCGGCAGCACGCCAAGUACAAGCGCCUGAUGCUGCACCGCAUCAAGUGGGAAGAGGAGAUGGUGAAGGAUGCGGAAGGUGCUCCCGUGAGCAACUCCUGCCAUCUUGUAUGGGAGGGCACCGUCGCCAAGAGGGCCUUCGGGGACAUCAAGUUUAAGGUGUUGCCAACAGAGAAACAAGCGCGGGAACUGUUUCAAAAACACGGCGUAGAACAUUAUUGGGACUUAGCAUACAGUGGUGCGGUGCUAGGGUCUGGUACAGAGGAGCCC